GAUUUAUAGCUGUCAAACGACGGCAAAAGUACGUUUCUCCGUGUCACUUUGCUGUUGUCGAUAAAUACGAUGCAUAAAUUGAACAAAACAGAUUCAUGUUGUUCAUUAUGAAAACUUGACCCGUUUCAAUAUUCAUAUCUUCAAAUGGAGAGUUGGGGAUUCGUCACAUACACCAAAGAAUAGUGAAAACGUUACUAGUACAUCCAUUAAAAUGUCGAAGAAUGGUGAAGUGUCAUCAAACCAAGGUCCUAGCAGACCUAAUAUGCCGAAACCUGAUUUGAAUUUGUUCAGUACUGAAAAACGCAAAAUUUUGGAUCUUCAAAUCGGUGGGCCCUCGGGAGAUGAUGCUGCAUUCGUGCCUUUCGCGAACUCGGCCGCGGCGCCGAAGCCUCGCAUACCGGCGCGCACCAUCCGAGAUGUGUUGCCUGAAAACACAAGGGAUAGAUGCAGGAUUUAUCCGUCCAUGCAGUCAUCGGGUAAACUGCAGCUGUCCGCAACAGAAAUUUAUGAUUUUACCGCUGAUGACCUUAUUGAUCUGGGUGAAAUCGGAAGAGGUGCCUUUGGAGCUGUAAAUAAGAUGGUUCAUAGGAAAACUAACCGCGUGAUGGCUGUGAAACGCAUUCGCUCCACCGUGGACGAGAAGGAACAGAAACAGCUGCUCAUGGACCUGGAGGUGGUCAUGAAGAGUAACGACUGUGUAUAUAUUGUACAGUUCUAUGGGGCACUCUUCAAAGAGGGUGACUGCUGGAUUUGUAUGGAGCUGAUGGACACCUCUUUAGAUAAAUAUUAUAAGUUCAUAUGCGAACGGAUGCAAACUCGAAUACCAGAAACCAUUAUAGCUAAGAUAACCCUUGCUACCGUGAAAGCUUUAAAUUAUUUAAAAGAGAAGCUAAAAAUUAUUCAUAGGGAUGUAAAGCCGUCAAACAUCCUGCUGGACAGAAGGGGCAAUAUUAAGUUAUGUGACUUUGGUAUCUCGGGCAAGCUGGUCGACUCGAUAGCCCGGACUCGGGACGCCGGGUGCCGGCCCUACAUGGCGCCGGAGCGUAUCGACCCGGGGCGCGCGCGCGGCUACGACGUGCGCUCGGACGUGUGGUCGCUCGGCAUCACGCUGAUGGAGGUGGCCACCGGCGCCUUCCCCUACCCGCGCUGGGGCUCCGUGUUCGAGCAGCUGCAGCAGGUGGUGCAGGGCGACCCGCCGCGCCUCACCAACGCCAACAACGCCUUCUCUAACAACUUCGUCAACUUCGUUAACACUUGCCUCAUAAAAGAAGAGAAUCAGCGUCCAAAAUACAAUCGAUUGCUGGAACAUCCAUUCAUCAAAGGUAUAGACCAGAGCCGGGCCGACGUCGCGGCGCACGUCUGCGAAGUGCUUGACGCCAUGGAGCGCAACGGAGUCAGUCCCUUCACCACCGACCAGCCUGCACAGGCCUGGCUAGACUAAGACAUUCAGAUCAGUACAGUCCGGGCUGAGAGUCAAACUUAUUAUCUGUCUGAGUAUGUGCAGUUUGCAAGAACUAGAUUAUUUAUAGAGGGUAAACAGCCACACAUAUACUUCUGGCAGUUGUCUAUAAAACCCGAUUGAUGCAGCCUCAAAUUAAGACAGAGCUAAAGAGAGAAAUUGCUUUACCUAGAAAUCUGACUCUAAAUGACAUCAUAAGAACAUGCACAUUCAACAUUGCUGACAGUAAAUGUAAUAAGACCUAUACAUUGGUUGAUCCCGCUUGUGACCCACCCACUUAAUUGUUUACAGUAUCUCACUUGCAAACUUACUCCUUCACGUCUGUUAGUAGCCAUACACGUUUGUAACAAUUUUGCAGUCUGAGUGGAUCACUUUUUAGUCACCAAUUUAUAUUAUGUCAUUGAUUUUCAAUGACUGGCUUACCUUUCAUAGCCAUAUAUUUGAGUUGUCCUUGCUAUGGGCAAAUUUGCAUUUCAUUGAUUAUCUUUCUAUGUGAGCGGAAAGAUCUAUAGUAUAUUAAUAAUUAUGUUGUGCUGUUCUUUGAAUCAUUUUCCAUUUUAUAUAGAAAACAUUAUUAGUCAUGAAAUAUCUAUCAUACAAAAUGGAAAAUGUUCUUCAGAAUGGGAUAAUUCUAAUUAUGUUAGUUCAAGUAGUAAAAAUUCUUAACUUAAAUAUGUAAUCUUUACCAUGAAGUUCACAGACAUGUUUUCAAUAACAUUUAGUAUGGUUCUGUAACCAUUUGUUUGCACUCCAGGUUCUCCACUUUAUUAUAUCUUUUAUCAAAGCAAAUGGCAUGUAAAUAUUUAUUAUCUAUGCUGUCUUGUGUAUGUACUUUUAUAUAGUAAAUCAUUUUAUAAUAUUAAAGUUUUGAAUCACCAUCAGACCCCUCUAGCACACCUUGCCUUGUCGCGCGCGAGUCCAUUCUUGAAGUCGCGCUUGAUGUAUGGACUCGCGCGCGACAAGGCAAGUUGUGCUAGAGGGUCAGUUGUUAACAGUUAGCUUGAUCAUGAACUUACAGAACAGUAGUACAGACUCGGCUUCUUUGAGAACCUUCUUCUUCUUCUUCUCCUUUGAGAACCUGGUUAAUACCUUAAUAUGGAUGUAAAAAGUUGUAUCUGUGUGUGUGAAUUGCUUGAAAUUAGUUUCUUUGGCUAAUGAAAUACUGGUUUUAGACUUAGGGCAUACAAUAUGUAGGUAAUUUUAUAAAUUUGUAUAUACAGACCGAUAAUAAUAAUGAAAAUGAGUGAGGGUAUGUAAUUCAUUUCUAAGCAUUAAUUUAUGGCAGCAAAACACUUCAAUUAUUAACUGCAAUAAUACUUCACUAAUCUACUUAAACAAUAUUUCAAAUGUAUUUGUUUUGGGUCUCAUGACUAUUGUAUUAUGUAUGGUAUAGAUUGAAUUGAAUAGAUAAUUAAUGAAAUAAAUUAGUAUUUUACAAAAAA